AUGUCAAGCAUAGCAUUAGAAAGCAUCUAUAUUUACAUCCCUAACAAAGGGGCACCAGUCGCAUUCGCAGUAGCUUUUCUGAUAGUGGCAGUUGUGCAUGCCUGGCAAAGCACUCGCUACAAGGCCUGGAAAUGGACUGUCCUCCACCCGCUAUGUGCUCUCAUGUUUGCAGUCGGGUUUGCCGUGCGAGAAGUUGGAGCUUUCAACUAUGAGGUUACCAGACCCAACAUCAACAUUUAUAUUACAAGCACCUGCUUUAUCUAUUUUGCACCGCCAUUACUCGAGCUUGCAAACUAUCAUGUGCUCGGACGCACAUUAUACUACGUGCAUUACCUCUCACCUCUACAUCCCGGUCGAGUGCUCACGACCUUUGGUUUCCUCUCUACCCUGGUUGAAAUGCUCAAUGGUAUUGGCGUCUCGUACAGCGCCAACAGCUAUCUACCGCAGGGGUAUAUCACCGCCGGCCACGACUUGAUGCGGGCGUCGCUCAUACUGCAAAUCGUGGUGAUUGCCUGCUUUGCCCUGCUAGCUACCGUCUUUUACCGGCGAUGCCAGCACGCCGGGGUGCUCAACCGCCGCGUCAAGACGCCCCUGCAGAUCCUGUACGUGAGCAUGGGCCUCAUACUCGUGCGCACGAUUUAUCGUACGGUCGAGUACUUUGAUCUUUCCGACGCCAGCACCGCGUCCGUAACCAACGUGGACGAGCUCAACCCGCUGCUCCGAAAUGAGUGGUACUUUUGGGUCUUUGAGGCCGCGAUCAUGCUCAUCAACUCGUGUCUCUGGAACGUCUUUCACCCGGGCCGGUACCUGCCCGUCGACAAGAACCUCUACCUUGACAAGGACGGCGUGACAGAGGUUCUGGGCGACGGCGUCGACGACAAGCGUUCGUGGCUGAUGACCCUCUGCGAUCCCUUUGGGCUGCUCAACGGCCCGCGUGGCAAGCGCCGGCCUGAUGGCUCGAGAACCAUGUGGAUGAAACUGUACGACCCCUUUGGCUGGCUGGAGAGUCCACGUGGGAACAAGAGCAGAAUGUCACCAGAGUCCUACCAAAAUAAUGCACACUCGGUCGUAUAG